UUUACGGUGUCACCCAGUCGUCUCUAGUGGUUAACUGUUCGGCAGGCUAUGACGGGGGCUCUCCUCAACAUUUUCUCCUGCAGAAGCGCGUGGGACAAGGGUUUUCCACCAUACAGAACAAAACGUUGCCCUAUUUUGAAGUUAAAAACCUAGAGAGUGGACAAUCACACGACUUCAAAGUGUGUGCCUCUAAUCAGAAGUUCCUUAACACAAUUGUGUGCACCAGUCAAUUCUCCGCUAACACAAUGGAUGGGGAUAACAAAUCAGGUGAAGGCGAGGCACCAGUAACGGUUGCCACUGGAGCACAGACCGAAGAUUUUAUGUCGAAAUACCUGCCUUAUAUUCUACUCGGCGUCGCCUGCUUUAUACUACUGAUAGUCCUUGUUUCCAUAAUAGCGUAUUGCGCAUGUAGGAAAAAGAAAAACGCCGCCAGUUUUCCAACUGUAAAAAUUGAACAGGAUGGAGAGAAAGGAGAUGUUCAAAAUACUGAGCUUAUCCUCAAAGCUUCAAGUGGUAGUCCAGAGACGAAGAUCAAAGGUUUCGACAAUCUGGCUGCUGAGUAUGACGAGGACGUGGAAAUGUACGAAAAGGCAAUAGAAGAAAUCGACGUUGCUAUAACAUCACACGAAAACAAAAAACCAUUGACCACACAACAGAACAAGACGGACGAGAGCGACCUAGACUCAAGGGCUGAAGGAAGGCGUGAAAGCAUUGCACUCAUGGUGGAAGAGACUGGAGGCCAGCGAGAAUCAUUAUACGACAUUUUGCCUAGUAGAAGGAAUAGCGCUGCUGUCCACAUUAUACCGGAGAUGACGCUGGUAAACAUAGAAAACGAAAGCGAAACUAGUAAAAACGGUCCUAAAAUCGACAGUGCCGUGAGUCUGGCUGCUGCGGCCUGUAUUGUGCAGGAUCUGCUAAACAAAGAAAUGCGAGAUACCAGAAAAGAUGAAAAUGGCACAAAACAUGCCGCCGCGGAAGACUCGCUUCACUCAGAGAACAAAAAAGACGAUUCAACCUCUUCAGCCUCCACGUCGGAUGAUGACGAUGAUGCAAACCUCACAGAACUCAGAGAGGACAAGGUCACUCCACUGAUCGAAGCACUUGUUGUUGGCACUGUUGUUGAAACAUCUCAGCUCCAGGCGAAACGUCAAGACAGUAAAGGUAGCAGCAACGACGGUAGUGGCAGCAGUGAUAACGGCAGCGACAGUGAUGGAGAAUCUGACAGUGACAAUGAGCAUGAAGGAUCAUAUUCACUUAUUAACGAGAAUGACACAGUGGUCACUGAGGCGGCUAUCGACGCCCAGGAAGAGUCCAAUGUACAAGAUGGGAUGGGAACAGUCUUAGAGAAAACUUGUGACCAAAUUGAAGAAAAGGCCAAGAGUUCCGCUGACGAUGAAUUAACUACUGAUUCUGUGUCAGAACAGGACAAUGGGCUUAAUAGUGAAGAACAGAAGCAAGAAAUGGAAGUACAGAGUGCCCAGGAGUUGGAAACAAGUACCAAAGUUAUGAUUAAUAACCAACGAUCAACAUCAUACUCGGUGUCCAGUUUGGAAUCACUUAAAACAGAAAGUGAUUCUUCCUCCUCUUCUUCCUCUGAGGAUGGAGACGGUAUUCAGUACGACUUCAAACUAACGACGAAAAUUAAAAAGGAGGCUGAAAAAGCAGAAGGGGAAGAAGAGACAAAAACUGGAUCCAGUGGCACAAAUGCCACAUGCUUGAACAUCGAAUCGUCUCUUUGAUUAUGUCGUCUUUCUGUCAUUAAAAUUUACACCCAGAACAGUAAAGUGGAGGUUUGGCAUCAUUAAGGCACACAGAAAAGACAAAAAUGCUCAUUUGCCCCGGAUUAGAUAUCAUGAUAAUUCAAAUACUAUAUAAAUUAAUAAUUCUGCAUAGUUGGAUUUCUUUCAUAAAAUGUUCAUAGCGGUAUUUCUGUAGUCCUAUCACAAGGGUA